AUGCUUUUGGAUUUGCUGAGAAGCAGACCGGGAGCAUCGGCAGGGCUCGCCUUGAUACUCAGUCUGCUUCUGCUGUACGGGCUUUUCUCGGGACCGAACUCAUCAGAGCCUGUCGGGAGUGUCUCGUUCCCCUCAGUGCCAGACAAAGGCUCAUCGUUGAAAUGGCAAUUCGACACCGAGCGAGAUGAGAGGAAUCUAGGACUCACGGACGAGCAGUGCGAGGUUGCCUUUCCCAAGCAGUAUGCAGAAAUUCUACGAGCUCGCGACUUCCACUUAUCGCAAGGUGGCAUCAAUCAAGACCAGAUAAAACUGUGGCGGAAUGAGUCCGACAAAGCUCAUGGCCAGUUGCGACUACUUAUAUACCAUGGCGAUCUCUACGUCGUGGGCGAGAAGCAAGGCGUGGUCGAUCGAACAAGAUACCUUAAUGGCGCUGCGAUGAUCUAUCGCGCAAUCACUGCUGUAGCAGACCCGCGAACCAUACCAAAUGUGGAGUUCACGCUCGACCGUAUGGACCAUCCGAAUCCGUCGCCGACACGGCCCGGUCGCGUAGUGUGGGGCUGGACGCGAGAGAUCAGUGUCGACAAUCACACUUGGGUCAUGCCCGACUUCAACGGCUGGGCGACUUCGGGUUGGGACAAAGUAGGUGGGUAUAGAGCAUUCCGCGAGAAGACGAAGCAUACCACCAUUCCGUUCUACGAGAAGACGCCGAAGCUCUUGUGGCGUGGCCAGAUCGACGUCGGCAAGGAUCAAGUGUCACCUGUUCGGGCUGCCCUGCUCGAGCACUCGAAGAAUCAGUCGUGGAGUGACGUCCGCUCUUUCCGCUGGGGUGAUGGGACAGAUGCGCCUGUUGACAUGGAAGAUCACUGUCUCUGGCAGUUCCUAGCUCACACAGAAGGAAACAGCUGGUCUGGACGAUUACGGAACCUGGUCAAUUGCAACAGUGCUAUCUUCAUCCACAACCCACUAGGCUGGGUCGCUCACUUCUAUCCAGUCCUCAAAGGCCAUGGUCCCGAGCAGAACUAUAUACCUGUCAAAAACGACUGGUCUGACUUGCAGGAGAAGAUGCAAUACUAUCUUUCUCACCCAGCGGAAGCGGAGCGAAUCGCCGAGCAAGCGAAACGCACAUUUCGAGAUCGUUAUAUGACGCCAGCCGCCGAGACAUGUUACAUCAGGAGGAUGAUCCUCGAAUGGAAGAAAGUCCAGAACUGGGAACCGGAGCUGUUCAUCAAGGAAGAGGACGAGCAUGGAAAAGAGAAGUGGAGAGCAAGAGGUGUCUCGUGGGAGAGAUUUGCCUGGAGGGCUCCGAAACCAUUCCACCCACCUCCUUUUCCAGAAGGCUACUUCUACAAGAGUGAUAUGGUCGACUUCGAAGAUUAA